CCGUAUUUCUCGUACACAAAACCACAAAAUCUCUCUCAUUCCCUCUCUCAGAUUUUGCAUGGAGUUUAGUCCAAGCUUCCCUGAGAAAAUGCACUACCUUUCUGGGAUUUUCCCUGAAAUCAAAUCAGAGAUUCAUGUGUCAGAAGAGAACAGCAGCUUCAUGUACCAAAACAAUUUCAACCAUUUUCAGCAGCACCAUCCCCUGAACGAGCCAAACCAUGGUCACCCUGAAAGUUUUUUCGCAGAGGGUUCUUCCUCCAUCAUUGCCCCAUUAUUCUCUUUGUCCUCAGCAGCCCCUUCUUCAGGUGGCUACAAACCCACUUACCCCAAUGAGUGCCUGAAGGGAGGGUAUGGCAACCCCUACUACCCCAUGGCCUAUGCACCAAACAAUGUUGAAUCCAUGCAUGGUCACCCCAACAAGGUCAUCUGGGACUUUUCCCAGAAGGCUCGCCUUCACUCUGGUCCAAGUGCAACUUCAGAUCCUCAGGUGCAGAGGAAGACCAAUGGCCAAAUUCAGCAGAGGAUGACAAACAUAAUCAAAGGCCAGUGGAGUGCUGAAGAGGACAGCGUCCUUGUCCAAUUGGUGAAACGCUUCGGGAUCAAAAAAUGGUCGCACAUCGCCAGGUUGCUCAAUGGCAGGGUUGGGAAACAGUGCAGAGAGAGGUGGCACAAUCAUCUCCGGCCAAACAUUAGGAAGGAGUCAUGGAGCGAAGAGGAGGACAAAAUCCUGAUCGAAGCUCACAAGGAACUCGGGAACAAAUGGGCAGAGAUUGCAAGGAGAAUGCCGGGAAGGACCGAAAACACCAUCAAGAACCACUGGAACGCCACCAAGCGCCGCCAGAAGGCAAAGAGGCAGAGGAACAAGCGCAGGAACUCCAAGGGUACACCCACACUUCUCGAGAGCUACAUAAGGAAAGUCACUGCGGCGGAAGACUCUGAGAAGGAUUUGAAGAACUCCCUCAGCAAGAUGAACCUCAAUGACACCACCAAUACGGGCCUCUUUCGGGUUCGCUACGAGAGCUCCGAAGGUGACUUCAGCUCCGAGGAGGAGGAGCUUGGGUGGAGCCUGCAGCACCACGUGCCAUGUGCCGCCGCUGAUGGUGGUUAUGUGCCGGUGAUGGUGAACGCUGGGGAAGAGAGCACGAUUGACUACGAGGUUGCCAUGCAGAUGGUACCGGAGGUCCAGAUGAGGAAGGAGAUGGAUCUCAUGGAGAUGAUCUAUAGAAAAGGUUAAGGUCCAGUGCUCUUGGUUUCGACUCUCAUCACAUCGUGUUCCUUGUUUCUUCUUUGCUUUAUCUCCAGACAUCAUUUAAACUGUGGGUUUUAUGUUCGGUUGGGUUUGGUACCAUGCCGUGGAUAUUUUAGUUCCUUUCUUUUGUCUUGUGAUUUUCUGUUCGAAUGUCAUCUUCAUGCGCAUUUGUUUUGCUUAUGUUUCGGCUGUAACUAAAGCUUGCAUUUUUUUAGUUGCGUGGAUAACUG